ACAGGCUGAGUAUCUGACUUCCAAUUGAGAGUCUUUCUCCAGGACCACAGUUGGGGAUUUAUGCCCAUACUUACAGCUAUGGGGAACUGGACAAGAAUAAAUGAGUUUAUCCUCAUGAGCUUCUCUUCCCUGCCUACUGAAAUACAGUCAUUGCUCUUCCUGACAUUUCUAACCGUCUACCUGGUCACCCUGUUGGGAAACAGCCUCAUCAUUCUGGUUACACUAGCUGACCCCAUGCUACACAGCCCCAUGUACUUCUUUCUCAGAAACUUGUCUUUCCUGGAGAUUGGCUUCAACCUAGUCAUUGUGCCCAAAAUGUUGGGGACCCUGCUUGCCCAGGACACAACCAUCUCCUUCCUUGGCUGUGCCACUCAGAUGUACUUCUUCUUUUUCUUUGGGGUGGCUGAAUGCUUCCUCCUGGCCACCAUGGCAUAUGACCGCUAUGUGGCCAUCUGCAGUCCUUUGCACUACCCAGUCAUCAUGAACCAGCGGACACGUGCCAAACUGGCUGCUGCCUCCUGGUUCCCAGGCUUUCCUGUAGCUACUGUGCAGACCACGUGGCUCUUCAGCUUUCCAUUCUGUGGCACCAACAAGGUGAACCACUUCUUCUGUGACAGCCCACCUGUGCUGAGGCUGGUCUGUGCAGACACAGCACUGUUUGAGAUCUACGCCAUCGUUGGAACCAUUCUGGUGGUCAUGGUCCCCUGCUUGCUGAUCUUGUGUUCCUACACUCUCAUUGCUGCUGCCAUCCUCAAGAUCCCAUCAGCUAAAGGGAAGCAUAAAGCCUUCUCUACGUGCUCCUCACACCUCCUUGUUGUCUCUUUUUUCUAUAUAUCUUCUAGUCUCACCUACUUCCGGCCUAAAUCAAAUAAUUCUCCUGACAGCAAGAAACUGUUAUCAUUGUCCUACACUGUUGUGACUCCCAUGUUGAACCCCAUUAUCUACAGCCUGAGAAAUAGCGAGGUAAAGAAUGCCCUCAGCAGAACCUUCCACAGGGUCCUAGCCCUCAGAAACUGUAUCCUAUAGACCUUAGGAAGUAAGGCUGAAUUCUAUUGAAUGACAAUUAGUUUCAUGUUUGGGACACCUGUCUGUCUUUCUUUACAUCUCUUUUGAAAUGAAGGCCAGCUAUUGAAAUGGCUAUUGCAAAGGUUUGUGGAGAGAAGAGAGCACAGUGUUGAUGUAGACCUGUCAUUAUCAUCUGCCAAAUUCUUUUACCGGCCCAUCAUAGACUUACUGUGUUUUUCUUAUUGGUGCAAUUGGCCAAACCAUUCAAGAUAUUUACUUUGCUAAUGAGCACAAAUAUGACAUAUAUUGUGGACAGUAUGAAACUACUUGUAAUGUGACCUUGGGGGACAUGCAAUAUGCAAGACAAUGAUAAGUGUCAACUGUCAUCUUGGCCAUCAUCUUGGUUUGGA